CGUUAUUUCGCUUCACACCGUGUUUGCGUUCACAACUCAUUCGGUUCGGGUUCUGCAUUUUAUUUUAUUAUUAUUAUUUUUUUUUGUUUGUUCUGCUCCUGCCUGGGUGCAGUUUCUUCGUAAGUCGGCCAUCACAGGAGUUGGCGCCCUCUGUCGCCCCGACGGGGAAUGUCGUCGUCGCAUUGAUUCAAUGAAAAUUAAAGCGGAAAAUUCGCAAAUGGACAUCUGAACAGAAAGAGCAUUAAGUAGGAAAUCCACAUCAUCAAUCCAAGUCAACCAAUGGGACCAACUCACUGUGACUCGAAGUGGACACAAUCAGCAUCCGAUUGCCGAAGAUUGCAGAAGCAACAUCAGCAGCAGCUACAGUCGCAGCAGCCACUGCAGGAGGAGGCGGAGGAGCUGGCAUCAUAGGAGCAGCAACGUCUGCAGCAGCUGCGCUAGGUGACGGCGUCUCCGUCACCGGCUCGUCAAGGAUGUCGAACCGCAAGCCAGGAGCCGCAGCCACAACGGGAGCCGCCCCUAAGGCGGAAACCCCAACCGCAGCCGUCCUGGAGGACACUGCGAAUACCUCAGCCACUGUGAUCCUUCCAGCCAGCAGCGAGGACCAGUCUUCAAGCACUGGCGAGGAGCAAGCCACAGUCACAGCCGGAGCCACAUCCCCCCCUCCCGAGGAAAAGGAUGUUGAAGGGGAAAAAGAGAAAGCGGUAGAGCAGGAGCUGCAGUCCAGCGGGGAUGCCAAUUCGAAUGUGGACCGAGACCAGUCCUCCCCCGCCACGAUAACAGAGGGGGUGGUGGUGGUGGCCCCACCAAAGCCACCCACACCCACUAUUGUCAGCGAUGGACUGGGCAGCAAGAGUGUUCGAAUCACACGACUCUCGUCGCCGCUUCUGUUGCUUAGCUCUCCCACAACUACAGCCACAGCCACGAGGAAUCGUGAGGCAAGCGAAGAUGGCGAGGAGCCGCCGGCGCCACCACCACCUUCGCAGUCGUCGGGAAGUCAGAGGAAGAGCUCGGCGGAGCGCUCAGUUGUUGCCCCCGUCAUUCGCGGACGCAAGUCCAUUAAGGAUCUGAAAGAAGCCAAAGAAGCCAUCGCCAAGCUCGAGGAUGGGCCAGUGCAAGUCAAAGAAGAGGCCAUCGAUGGCAGCGAACUGGAAUCCCUGCCAGCAGCCGCAGCAGCAGUCGAUGAAAAAGACAAAGACACAAAAGACAAGGAAAAGGAGAAAGAAAAGGACAAGGAAAAGGAGAAAGAAAAGGACAAAGAGCAGCAUCCUGCGCCGACUUGCAAUCGUGUCACCCGCAAGUCACACGCCCAGGAGCAGGCCAACAACACACGCGUCACUCGCAAUCGUCGCCAAUCCUCGACGGUGCCCGCCUCCAGCGAACAGCAGCCGCAGCCACUGCCGCCAGCACGCGGCCGCCGACCAAGAAAGUCCCAGGCAGUGGUCCCAACGCCACUGGAGCCGGCCACCAAGCGCAAGCGCUCCGAGGACGACGUUGAGAGUGCGACAAAGUACAGUAAAAUUGAGGUGAAGGCGCCGCCACCGGAUGACGAGAUCGACGAUGCCGUGGACACGGCCGAAGAGCCACCCAAGGCCGCUGCACCGAUCAAGCAGGAAGUUUCUGAAAGGGACACAAUCUCUCCAGCAACCACACCCUCUCCCGCCCCUCCUUCUGCUGCUCCAACACCAACCUCAGGGGGACGACGGGGUCGGGGCAGACCACAGACCAAGAAUGCUGGAGGUACAGCAUGUGCUGCAUCCACGAGCACGCGUGCCACACGUCUGAGCAAGGCGGGAUCGCCGGGUGGACUGGGAUUGGGAGUGGGAAUUACCGCUGCUGCCGAGCCGCUGAUGGCCAAGCGGCGACGGGUGGGCUCCACCACACGGAAGACAGCAUCUGCCAGUUCGCUUGCCACCAGCUCGCAUGGCGGCGGCGACGAGGACUCCAAGGACAGCAUGGCAUCGUCCAUGGACGACCUGUUGCUGGCUCCUGCCGACAUCAAGAUGGAGAAGUUGACGCCGGACUUUGACGACAGCCUGCUCCUGCCAGUGGAUCCUGUGGUGGGCCUGCUGAAGGACACACAGACACAGGCCAUGGAAAAUGAGGGCUCCACCACCAGCGGAGGGGGGGCCAACGGUCAUUCCUCCGGUCAUGCCUCCUGCAUUGAACCGCUCACUGUGGACGCCGAUCCAGCGGAUGCCGAUAAGGAUAAGCUGAAGGAGUCGCCGCUAGAGGCGACGGAACUGCCAGAGUCCGAGUCGGAGUCUGCCUCAGGAUCGGUCUCCGCAUCCGGCGAGGCUGGCAAGGCUGCGUCGCUCAGUCCCGACAUGAUCAGCGUCAAGUUUUACAAGAAGUUCCUGGCCAACAAUCUGGGCAUCGAGAAGGACCCAGAGCUAGGGGAGAUUGUCCAAAUAGCCAGCCACAGCGAAGUGGAAGUCGAAGCUGAAGCUGAAGCAGAAGCUGAAGCCGAAUCGGAGCCUGACGCAGAUGCGGAAGUGGAGACAGAAGCGAAAACUGAAGUGGAGCUGGAGCUGCAGCUAAAACCAGAGUCCGAAACGGAACCAGAGGCGGAAGCCGAGGCCGGGGCAGAAGCGGAAGGCAAAUCCGCGUUGGAUGAUUCCUUGCACUCGAACAGCUCCCUGAAGGCAGGUACACUUCGGCUGGAGGAAAGCACCAAGGAGCGAGGACACACGGAUGAUGUCGCUGUAAAUGGGGAUGAUGGCCAUGUGGUGGACGAGGAUGACUUUGACGAAUUGGAUCACGAGAUUAUGGAGCAGCUGGCCAGGGUCAAGGCCAUUGGUGUUGCCAGUGAUCCAGAUUCAACUAAUGCUGAUCCGGAGGGAUUCGAGGGAAAGAAACUGCCGGCGGUAACAGAUGAAGAGCCAUCGGUGCCUGUGCCUACGGAUACGGCGGAGGAGCAGCAGGCGGAGCAGGCGGGACGCUGUGUCGGGGAGGUGUUGGGGAAAUUGACAACAAACGAUGCGGACACAGAAAUGGAAAUGGAUGUGGACGUCGAAAUGGAAGCAGAAGCAGACGCAGAGCCAGAGGAUGACUCAGAGCAAGAAAAAACACAGCAGGAGCUGCCGUUGAUGGCGGACCACGAAAUGGACAAUGAUUUUCCAGAGGAGAACAAGGAAAACCUAUCGAUGACGAGCACAUCGCCCAGGCGAUCCAGUCACGAAGGUCUCGACAUUCAGCUGACCCUCAAGGAUGAGGAGGAUGAGGAGAAGCCCUUGGCGGCCAUAACAGCCACCGAAACGAAGCCCAAUCUGGAUGCAGGCGACGACUCCGCAGCUCCUCAGCUCAGCUGCCUAAAGGCCCUCAAGGACCACAAGGACCAGUCCGAAGAGAAAAAUCUCCUGCCCGCGACUCUGGAAUACACGAGCAAUGCAGAGGCCAAUGGCCAGCAUGAUAUGGGACUCUCUGGCGAUGAGAAGGAGCGGCGCGAUCAAGAGAUUCAUCUUCAUAAUCUUGGCCUGCUCACGCACCAGGCCGCCGAGCAGCGGCGCCAGGACCUGCAGGAGGCACAGACACGGCAGGCGCAGUACCAGCAACAGCAUCCGCAGCCCUAUCCAAGCGGCAAGCGACGAUCGACGGCUGUGGCUGGAACGGCAGCGGGAACGGGAGCAGCUGCAGGAUCGGGCUUGGGCGGCAGCGCCACUCACGUGGAGUCCAGCGGGACACUGAAGACUGUCAUCAAGCUGCAUAGAAGCAGCAACGGUGGAGCCGGCGGCAGUGGCGGCGUGCCCACGGGUACUGUCAUCCAUGGCAGCGGCUCCUCUGGCUCUGGCUCAUCCUCCUCCUCGAUGGGCAGUGCCACGCGAAAGGCGAGUGCUGCCAGCACAGGGUCAGGCAUUGGCUCUGGUGCCCACGGCGUACGCCGACAAUCCCUCAAGAUGACAUUCCAAAAGGGUCGCGCCCGCGGCCAUGGUUCAGCGGAUCGAUCUGCCGACCAGCAUGGCGUCCAUGCAGAGGACUCCUACUACACCAUACAGAAUGAGAACGAAGGUGCGACCAAGUCGAACAUACCGUCGGGUAAUUCUGGCCGAAAGACCAAUAACCGUUUCAGUUCGACUAACAACAACAACAACCAAAACAACUCGACGAUAGCCAAGCACUUGGGUGCGCUCCAGCAUAGAUCUCUUUUGGAUUCAUCGCAAUCGGAGGGUCAUGGUGGCCAUGGAGUGGUGGAUCACGGCUUCUAUCAAAUGGUGAAAAAGGAUGAAAAGGAAAAGAUAUUAAUACCAGAGAAGGCAUCUUCGUUCAAGUUCCAUCCGGGGCGGCUGUGCGAGGAUCAGUGCUAUUAUUGCAGCGGCAAGUUCGGGCUGUACGACACGCCCUGCCAUGUGGGACAGAUCAAGUCGGUGGAGCGACAGCAGAAGAUCUUAGCAAAUGAGGAAAAGCUGACUGUGGACAACUGCCUGUGCGAUGCCUGCUUUCGGCAUGUGGAUCGUCGCGCCAAUGCGGCGCCCUACAACAAGAAGCGUCUCUCGGCACCCGGUCACUUGGAGACGGGCGGCCCUGGUGGCAGUUCCGUUUCUGGCUCAAGGUCCGCCGAAGGUCCCGAAUUGGGCCCCUCCACAUCGGCGGGCAGUGCUCAGCGUUCGUGCGCGGUGAAGGAUUGCUGCGAGACAGCCGGACAUCAGCUGCGACGCAAGUUCAUACGCAAGAGCGUCAAGAAGUUCCAGCUAAGCUUCGAGAUACCCGCCGGCACAUCGAUAGUCUGGCUAUGCGAGGCCCACUACAAUACGAUCAUUCAGUUUACCGGCUGUGUCCUGUGCAAGCGGCGGCUGGGCAAGAAUCACAUGUACAACAUAACCACGCAGGACACCGAUCGACUGGAGAAGGCGCUCACGGAAAUGGGCAUACUCGUUCAGUUGGUCAUGGGCACCGCCGUGUGCAAGCUUUGCCGCUACUUUGCCAAUCUGCUGAUGAAGCCACCCGACAGCACCAAGUCCCAGAAGGCAGAGUUUGUCAAGAACUAUCGCAAAAGGCUGCUCAAGGUGCGCAAUCUGCAGGAUGCCAGCAAUGAGGUGUCUGAGGCGGAGGAUGAGGCGGUUGAGCACAAUGCACCAUCCGCUGCGUCCACAAGUGCAGCCGCCUCCACGCACGAGGAUGCCGAAAUGCAGCCGCUGGUGGUGGACUUUGAUGGUCCCACGGACUCGAAUUCGAGCAGCUCCUCCAUCACGGCCGCUGCAGGCACGGCAACUGGCACCAGCAAGCAGAUAUCCAAGCUGCAGGCCAUCCUACAGCAGAAUCUGCCUGGCGAGACUCAGGCCAGUGGCAGCGGGAGUGGCAGUGGAGCGGCAAAUGGUUCCAAUGCAGCGAAUCCGGACAUAUCGACUGUGCUGCGCGGCAACCCGAACAUCUCAAUGCGCGAACUCUUCCACGGCGAGGAGGAGAUGGGGCUACAGUUCAAGGUGCCCUUCGGCUGCAGCAGCAGCCAGCGUACGCCGGAGGGCUGGACGCGCGUUCAGACCUUUCUGCAGUAUGACGAACCGACGCGCCGACUCUGGGAGGAGCUACAGAAGCCGUAUGGCAAUCAGAGCUCCUUCCUGCGUCAUCUCAUUCUGCUGGAGAAGUACUAUCGCAACGGGGACUUGGUGCUGGGUGCCCAUGCCUCAUCCAAUGCCACCGUCUACACGGAGACCGUGCGCCAGCGGCUAAACUCCUUCGACCAUGGCCACUCCUAUGCAGGAAGUGCAGCGGGAAAGCGGCCCACAGCAGCCGCCUCCCCGGGCUCGUUAUCGCAGGCCGUUUCGGCCACUGGCACUGCCCUGGCCACGCCCAUCGCCAACUCAAACCAAUCUGCAGAUCAAGCCGCUCAGGGAGAUCCCCUCAUUCCGCUGGUGGAGCUGAACGACGACGAAGAUGAGGACGGCGGCCAUGAGGGCCAACGAUCGCCAAAGGAAGAUUUAAACUCGCACUUGGAACGCCUCACCAACGUCUCGGUGGACAAGCUGACCAAGCAGCUCAGCUCGAAUGCGGUGACCAUUAUCGCCCGUCCCAAGGACAAGCCAGUGCCGCCGAGCACCGCCGCAUCCGCAGCCACAGGAAGCACAGGAACAGGAACAGGCACAAGCACAGCCACAGUCACAGCCAAAACAGCCACACUCGCCUCGUCGCCGGCAUCGAUCUCCUCUGCGUCGUCUGUGUCGUCGUCACCCGAGGGUAGUGAAGGCACCCAGAAGGCGGCAGUCUUGUCUCCGGCCCAGUUCAAGAAUGCCCCACCCCUGGUGCCCACCAGCAGCGUCAACAAUCGGAGCAUACUGAAGACCAACCUUCUGGGCAUAAACAAGUCCGUUGAGAUUGUGCCGCUCUCCUCGUCGCUGGCCAUCUCCACCAGCCUGACAGCCGCCACACUGAUCGCCAAUCACGCGACUGGCACGAAGACUGGCCCAGUUGCCGCCGUCUCGUAUUCCGCCCAGGAGAAGCCACACAAGAUUCUCGAUGUGGCCAACAAGCUGCUUAGCACUCAAAACGAGAGCAAGUCCCAGCAGCAGCAGCAGCAGGCGGGCGCACGUCUGGGCGGGGGUCUCCAUUCCAAGCUGAAGCCGACCACGCCGAUGAGUCUACACCAGCAGCAGCAGCACCAACAGGCAGCGUCAUCCGCAACGUCCACUAAGACGCCAACGGGCCAUGUGGUGCAGCAGCUGAACUCACCGCCGGAGUUGAUCAGUUUGGCGCGAAGAAGAACGGCCGGUGGGGGGCCCGCAGCUGCAGCAAUGGCUCCGGGUGGCUCCAGCUUGAUUGGCACUCAUCUGAGCAGGCGACUGCAGUUGCAAAAGGCUGGAGCGGCAGGAACGACGGGAACAGUUGCCUCAGCAGGCAGACGAGGGCCGGCCGCAUCGCCGAACGUGGUCAUACUGCCGGAAACACUGACCACGCAGGAGCGGCACGAGUGCAAGAGCUGGAAGCCAACACUGAUACCGCUGGAGGAUCAAAAUCAUGUGACCAGCAAGUCGCAGGCUCUCUACCAGACAGCCGAUGGCCGACGGCUCCCAGCCCUCGUUCAAGUGCAGUCCGGUGGCAAGCCCUACCUCAUAUCCAUCUUUGACUACAACCGCAUGUGCAUCCUGCGACGGGAGAAGCUGAUGCGCGACCAAAUGCUCAAGACCAACGCCAAGCCAAAGUCAGGCCAGGCACAGUCGCAAUCGCAGUCCGGUCAGAAUUCAGGCCCUCCCUUGGGUGCCGCUUACUCGAACAUGGUCAAGAUGGCACAGCAGCAGCAGACCGCACGACAGCAGCUUCAACAGCUGCAGCAGCAGCAGCAUCAGAAGCAGCACUCCCAGCAGCAGCAGCAGAUGCCAACACUCCAGCCGGGAGGAGGAGCUGGCGCUGGUGCUGGAGCCGGUGCGGGGCGACUGGCCCGCCUGGCCCCCAAGCCCAUGCCGCCGUUGAACAUUCCGCAGAUCGCCAGCCAGGGCCAUGCCCAAAUGAACCUCAAUCACAGCUUAGACGGCAGCAGCAGCACCAGCAACAGCGGCGGUAGCAGCUCCUGGCUGUGGAACAACUUCCCCGAUCCCAAGCAGUAUCUCCUGAAUGGCAACGGCGGCGGUACAGGCCCCACGGGCAAGAUGCCACACCUCACGCCCAAGCCCUCGACGGUCACUCUGAGCAGCAGCAGCAGCAGCAGCCUCAAAGCUGGCGGCCCCACCUACACUCUGAAGCAGCAGCAGAUGCAGAUGCAGCAGCAGAGGCUGAUUGACAAUGCCAUAUCGAAGAUACCCAAGAGCCUGAUUGUCAUUCCGCAGGGUGGCGACUCUUCGGGCUCCUCCAAAGAGUGAUGGCAUGCUGCAGAGUCGGUGCAGCUGGCACGCUGCCACGUUGUACGUUGGCAGUUGUGAAAAGGGAAGACCAUACCUUAAAAUCAGAAGAGCAAAAUCCAUAGAGCAGAAAGAGAAGCAGAAGCAUAAAGGAGGAGAAAAUCAAGAUAGUGUUUGAGACUUACUUACCACUUUUGUGUGUAUAAAUCGAGAUAUACGGCUACGAUUAUGUCUAGACUUAAGUAACUACAACUAAAUAAGUAGGCUGUUUGUUUGCGAACUGAAAAAUGUCCCGAGUAUCGGAGACAUCUCGAUCGACUCUAGAGAGAGAGCUUCACUCGCAGUCGGAGCAAACUGGUGCCAGCAACUGACACACGAAAGCAGAUACGAGUUAAGGGCUACCCCUCGUUAGAUAUGCAUAUAAGAAAUACCUAAACCUAUACUCUAAUCGUCUCUAGGAUAUCGUAUAUAUUUUUUUAUUACAUUUAAGGAGCACAUUCACUUGCGAUUCGUGUAUUAUAGAUACCAAAAUUGCUAGAGCGCCAAGUGGUUAGACGUAGAAAAGGUGGUAGAGAGAUUCCACAAAAACACACACUCACACACACUCACACACACUCACACACACACACACAUACGCACCCAAGCUAAUGUUUAAAAUUAUGAAGAAAUAUCAAAGAAAGAUCAAUCAAAAUCUGCGGCACUAACGCUGCUAAUCGUAGUCCCAGCAGAGCUCGGUCUUGCGCUCAAUGUUCUCGAAUCCUGCACACAUUAUUUGAUUUGUACAUCUACAUUCAAAGAAAUGAAAAAAACGUUUGCGUUGUGGCUAGCGAUUGCUUCGUUUUGUCUGGGCAGAUUCCUAAUUUAUAUUCAUUUUCAAUUUCCAUUUACUACACACAAACACACACACACACUUAUAGAUUUUAAGGGUAAUUAUUACACAACUGUACAUAUGCACACAAUAUACAUAUAUAUAAAACAUCAGAAUGGAAAUAUACAUAAUACAAAAGAAAACAAAACAAACACCCAAGAAAUCAAACACUAAAACAGAAAACAUUCAAAUUGAUCGGUGUCGAUUGAUAUUGGAAGAAUUCUAGAACUUUAGAUCCCUGAAAAGGAGAAGGAGAAGGGCCUGGAGAGAAUCGUAUCGUAUCGUAUCUCCCCAAAUGGAAUCGGUUUUCUCAUGUCACAUGACAAAUUGAAAAGCUUUCAAAACAACUCCAUACUAAUUUACUAAGAACCCAAACAUCAAAUAAACAAAACGUAUAUGUACAUAUACACAAUAGAAUAUAGAGAUGAUAUAUAUAUAUAUGUUUAUGAAGAAGGAUAAUUGAAGAGAUAUUUUAGUGAGCGGCGAGAAUACAAAUGUAAAAUAGCCUGUUAAGCAUAUAGAUAUAUUUAUACACUAUGAGAAAAUUCAAUUGUUGUUGUUGAAACAUUGAAAAUGUACGAGUAUUUAUAAAGCGAGCAAAGUCUAUUGAUAAUGAUAUAAAAAACAAAACAAAACAAAACAAAACAAAAAGAAACCAAGGAAACAAAGCCCUGCCCUGUCCUGUGGCUGCCCUGCCCAGAAAUUAGAACUAAGUUCGCCACAUCAGCAGUCCAGGACUCACUCAAUUGAUUGCCUUUAACGAACUUGGUUAUAUACAAAAAACAAAACAAACAUAUAGAAUUCUAUAAGCGAAAGUGUGGGGUGUGCGAUGGAGAGUGUAUGGGUGUGAGAUUUUUGUGAGGUUUAUAUGUUAUUAUAUUGUACGUUGUAGCUGAUAAAACAAAACAAUUACCAUAACCACAUUUCGAUGAUGAUCAAACACAUACACACACAUACAACAUGCAUACACAUGCAAACAUAUUUAUGCAAUUAUUUUUAAACAAGCAAGCAAGAGAAAAGAUCAACGAAAUCGUGAAAUAAACUUUUCCCAUGUCCAGCUAAUAA